GGGGAUUCCCCCGAGGGGGCGGGCUUAGGGAAGUUUGCGAGUGGAUGUCUAAAAGUGGACUUAAACGCAGCCUUAGACGAGGUGAAUGUGCGUGAAUGACUAAACAAUGUGCUGGCUGAAAUAGCUGGAGAAGACUGAAGACUGAAGUUACUGUUAUACUGGACCUAUGGAUAUGUGAAGUGUUAUUUCUGAACUGGGAGAAAAUACAAAAUGUCCUGCUUUGAAAAUGCAUAAGAUAAUUGAAACCUCUACAAAACAAGAGAAGAUCUUCUCCCAACACGAUAGACUGAUGGAGGUAUACCACCUUAAUGAUCAAACCUGCAUGUGUUAUUUGUGUACCAUGGAUAAUCACAGAGGUCACGACAUCGUAAUAGCCGAAAGAAAUGAGAAACAGGCCUUUGCUUCUGGACGUCAGUCUCCCCAACUGAUCAGACCCAAAUUUAACCCAUGUGACAUCUUUGAUCUUAAUGGAUUGAGCCAUUCUCUCCCAAAAAUCCUUCCCAGACCAGGGAAUUUCCUUGAGGAGGAAUUUAACACAAACUCUUGUUGCGCUUCAUCAGGUCACAUGAGUCCACCACCAGAGCUACAGAGCAGAGAAUAUUUCAUGAAAUAUUUCCAAUAUCUGACUCUGGAUCCUAACACGGCACAUCGUAACCUCAUUCUGUCUGAAACAAACAGAACGGUGAGAUACAGUAUGAGUGAGCAGCAGUACUCUGAUCAUCCAGAGAGAUUUGACUACUGGCUUCAGGUGUUGAGUGAGGAUAGUGUGUGUGGACGCUCUUACUGGGAGGUGGAGUGGAGCGGUGUUGGUGGUGUGUUCAUUUCACUCUCAUAUAAAGACAUACACAGGAAAGGACCAGAUAAUGCGUCUGGGUUUGGACGCAACAAUCAGUCCUGGAGUCUGUGGUGUACUACUUCUUCUCUCUCUUUCUUUCACAACUACAUUGAGACUAAGCUCCGAGUUCCAGCAUCCUCCAGAAUAGGAGUGUAUGUGGAUCACAGUGCAGGAACUCUGUCCUUCUGCAGCGUCUCUGACACGAUGAAGCUCCUCCACAGAGUCCACACCACAUUCACUCAGCCUCUGUAUGCUGGGUUUGGGCUCUACUCACGGCCUGAUUCUAUUGUGAGAUUAUUUGAUCCAGAAUAGCAUGUGUAGUGUUUUAUGAAAAAUUCCUGCACAUUGCCACAUUGUUGCCCAAUCAACUGUCUUACUAGCACACAAUCCAUCUGCACAGAAAACAGCUCAGUAAUUUAUUUUAGACUACCAUCUGUGGGAAAUAACUACAGUGUCUUAAAUAUAUUGUUUGUGAAAAAACCUCAGAACUGAUUUUUAAAAAAAAAAAACCACACACAUCUUCAC